AUGGAUUUCCUCAAAUCCGCCGUCGCAUCUGCAAUCGCGAAGGGAAGCUCCUUCCCCUAUUCGCUCGGCGACAGAGUCGAUAUUUCUGAUUCGAUAUGGACGCUUCAUAAUGCUACGAAACGGACAGAAGCCAGUCUUUAUAUUAUCACGGAGCGAGUCGUCCCCCUGUCGUGGCAUGUGAAGCGGAGGAGUUUGAGUGAGGAGACCUCUAAAUGGGGACUGCAUACAGUGGCGUCCACACUUAAGUUUAUAAAUGAAGAUGCUUCGUCUGUUCACGGAGUCGUGAGGGCCUCGUCGGUAUUCGCUAGCGAAAGUGGCGAGUGGAAGCUAGGAGGUUUCGAUGUGUUAAGUUCCAUGAAUGAUGAACAUGCAGUUAUAUACACAUAUGCCAGCCUUGUACCAGACGCGGCUCGGUAUACACCGCCAGAGGUUGUCAAAGGCGGCUGGGAUACCAUUAAGCGCCACCCUUUAACGGCCGUCGAUGCCUAUGGGCUUGGAAUUUUAAUCUAUGAGGUCUUCAAUGGUGGUUUCAUGGGAGGAGAUCAGGUGGGCAAAACAACGAAUAUCCCACCAACCAUGCAAGCAAGCUACAAGCGUCUCUGCACGGCGAAUCCUAAGUUGCGACUGAGUCCGGGACACUUUGUUGAGCAAGGAAAGAAGCAUGGCGGCUUCUUUCAGACACCGUUGAUCAGAUUGACGGACGACAUAGAGAGUCUAGGCCUCAAGAAUGAUGCUGAGCGGGAAGAAUUCAUUAAUGAGCUUGAUGGACUCACCGAGGACUUCCCCGAAGAAUUUUUCAAAAUGAAGGUACUUCCAGAGCUAUUGAAAUCUGUUGAAUUCGGCGGAGGCGGCCCCAAGGUUCUAGGGGCUAUUAUCAAGAUCGGGUCCAAAUUAUCCUCAGAGGAAUUCAAUUCAAGACUGACGCCUGUCAUUGUGCGCCUAUUUGCCAAUCCUGAUCGAGCGCUACGGACAUCUGGGUUCACUGACGUUGCACCCGUUGUUCGAGAACAAACCGUCAAGGCCGUACUGGCGGUCAUUGACAAAUUGAGCGAUCGGACUAUUAAUGGAGACCUAUUGAAAUUCCUGGCUCGGACUGCAAAUGACGAGCAGCCAGGAAUACGUACAAAUACUACUAUUUGCUUAGGAAAGAUCGCGAAAAAUUUAGGACAAAGCUCCCGAUCCAAAGUUCUAGUUGCUGCGUUUACAAGAUCGCUACGCGAUCCGUUUGUACAUGCCCGGAAUGCGGGCUUGUUGUCGUUGGCUGCCACGAUGGAAUUCUUUACCGAGGAGGAUUGCGCCACCAAAGUUCUCCCCGCCAUAUGCCCUUCUCUCCUUGACAAGGAAAAGAUGAUCCGAGAUCAGGCGAACAAGACGCUCGAUGUUUAUCUCCAACGGAUACGUAAAUUCGGCAACACCAUGCCGGAAACCGUGUUGCCUCCUUCAACCAGCUCAGACGCUUCCAAGGACGAUGCUCGUAUUGGAACGUCCAAUGAUAAGUCCUGGGCAGGCUGGGCGAUCUCCUCAUUUACAAACAAGCUUACCGCGGCGAAUGGUGUGAUUGAGCCAUCUGCGAAUAGCGCUAAGCCCGUCGAAGCCGAGCCAGCCCGCUCGGCAUCCGUGCCACGUCCGUCGAAACCGUCAACCUCGGCGCAGCUUGAUUUGCCAAAAGUGACUCCACGUCCUGCAGCACAGCCCCUAGUCCACCGGUCAAUGUCAGAGCAGGUCGUUCCAGUCACCAAUGAUAUCGACGAACCGGAUGACGUGUACGAAGCGUGGGGUGCCAUGGACGAUGAAGACGGGGAAAGGGCAGAUGAUCCAUUCAGCCCUGCCGCAACCACUGUUUCCUCCACCGUAUCUGCACCGGCGUCAAAGCCUGCCCCUGUGCCCUACGAUGAUGGAGGCGAACCGGACUUCGCCGGUUGGCUAGCGGCACAGUCCAAGGCAAAGAAAACUCUACCCAAGGGCUUGAGCAAGACUACUUCCGCGGCGUCCUCGGCUCGGAGUGCCAGUCGCAAUAGUACGACUAAGCCUAAGACGUUAGCUCCAGUCAAAAAGAUCGAAACCAAACCCAAGGAGGAGGACCUGGACGAUUGGGGAGAUGCUUGGGAUUGA